GCGCGCGCUGGCAAUCGACAUGCACAGAAGCAGCAAGCAAAGCGAAAAGCAGGAGGAUCUGCCUACGCAUCCACGGAGGAAGAAAGUUUUUCUCGAGAUUUCCUCGCUUUUAUAGGCACCUGAUCGAUAGACGCUUCACUUGGGGGACUGUCGACUUGGGGUGAUCUACGCUGGAGUUGACCUUUGCUCGCGUUCUUUUCUCGGCUGUUUCUUCUUGUCCCAGGGUGUAAUGCAACCAUUUGAAAGCGGCAAUUUUGAACAAGCCUCUAGCCUGUUUUCGUCUUUUUCCCUCGUUUCUCUCCAGGAUUAUCUCCCUUCCUUUCACCCUCCAUAAUCGGGGCUCGUCUGGUCCUCCUCCACGCACUGUCUCCUCACCUGUAGCCGUUUCUAUUCGCGACUAGCUUUCUGUUUUCUUGACUUCCCUUGUCCGUUUUUUCUCCCCCCUCCCCUGAGGUCUCGCCCUCCGUUUUCCACUGGCAAAUCUCUCCGUUCUCUCGUCGUUUCCCCCCCGUCCUGUCCUCCCUUUUCUCCGUUCCCCUCUACAAAGUGCGGCGGCCCAAAGACGACGACUUCGCAUCUGGCUUUUCCUUGUUUCCAGCGAAGCGCUUCUCUUUCUUGACUGUCCAGAUGGAAGUCUUGGAAACAGAUCCGGAGGCUUCUGCCCUCGAGGAGGCGCUCCCCUCGCCAGCGUCGCCGGCGCCGUCGGGGGGAAGCGCGCCUUCUCUCAGCGUCUCUGCCGUCCCCUUUCCUUCUCCUGGGCCUCCCGAAUUCCCCGACGAAGAUUCUGACGUCCUCGCAGACCUCGAAAACUUCGACGAACCUUCUCUGCGCUCGAAACGUCUCCCCGAGGUGCACGCGCAAGCCUCCGACGCAGCCGCGGGCGUCUCUGCCGCCCAGGGAGAGACCCCAGAGGUUGGAGAUCCGGCGCGGCUCGGUUCCGGGACAGACGGCAGUCACCCGUCGCAUGCGCAGACGAGUUUGCGGCGGGAGAUGCGCGACGCAGACUGGGCUGUCUACUCUGCGGCCUCGUACGAGUCGCAGGUCGACCCUGCCCUGGAGGGGAAAUGGGAGUUUCUGUCUCCGGGAGGCGGAGAGCAACAAGGAGGCCGAGCGGCUGCGCUGCUGCGGAAGCGCCUGGCGAGUUACCAGCGCCAAGGUCUCAGACGUACUGUGGCUCCCGUAUUCUUCUGUCACCUUCGGGAGUACGUCCACCUGCUGCUGCUGUUCCACCGAGAGACGCGCAGAUACUCGCUCUUCACUUUCAAGGCGAAGAGCUGGGAGCGGCCUGAAGUCGUUCUGGAGAGAAAACUUGCGCGCUUGUUCACCAAGCACCGGUCGGAGGUCGACCGAAACGUCAACUACACCUGGGUGGCUGACCAGAAAAGCGAAGGCGUUGCUGCGGAGGUCGGAGAGUUUCUCGGCGAGUGGUGGCGAGUCGAGUUCGACGAGGAGCCCCAGCCAUUCCUCCCGCCUCACGUCACCCGACCCAAGGAACGCAUUCGUCUCUACCAGGUUCAGCUUCCACCCAAGUGCUCCUUCCGCCUGCCGCCUGCGUUCUCGCUCGCGGCCCUGCCUCUCUUCGACCUUCUGCGGCCGGAGAUCCACGGCGUUGCGUUGUCGGGUCUCCCUCACGUCGUCUCACGCUUCCGCUUCCGCCUGCUGUCUCCGUCGCUGGAUGGUUUCGUCUCUUCUGCGAACCUGCGCAGGCCGCGAGGAGGCCAACAGGAAGGAGACGCGGAGGAACUCUCCGGAGAGUAUCUCGCGGAACUCGAGCGAAUGAACACAAGUCAAGAUGGAGAACUGUCACACAUCCACGGCGCCACAGAGGAACUGCCUCCGGAACUGGCUGCACUCGCAGAAGAAGAAAACUAGAAAGUCGUCGAGGGAGAGGAACAGAAAGGUCUGAAACAGCGGGAGACGCAGAAGAAGAACGGGAGCAGAAGAAGACUGGGAAGCGCAGAGACCUGCAGGGAGGAGAAGAAAGAUCUCUCUAUCUCCCGAGACCGAAGAAAGGACGACGCGGAGAAAAGAAAGCGCAGAACGGCGGCGGAAGAAAAAGAAUGUGAACGUGAAAAUUCCGUGGUUCUGCUGCCGCCCAUUACUCGAAGACGAUAUGAUGAGAGUGAACUAGGAGAGGCGCGCAAAGAAUCAGAAGGUUGAGAGGAAAGAAGAAAGUGACAGCGUGGAGAAGUCGGAGAAGAAAGAGAUCAAGAGAGAGGAGGCGUGGAGAAAGAUGCCAUGUGGUGGAACAGAGAUAUCUGAGAAACAGAGGAACCUGGAGAAAGCAGACACGACUGCAAGAACCGCGAACCAGAACUGUAUAACUCAAAUCGAAUAGAGACAUUAUAGUACCUAGGAUACGGAAUAUGACUCCAGUUAUGAGAUACAGACAGCCCCCUGCAGCGGCAGGCUAAUGAGCAGUGCGAAAACAUAAAGAGAAAAGGGGAACGUUAUUUCGUGGGGACGUCUACUUUCCCUCGUUGUGGUGCAAAGGGUAGUGUGAAUCUUGGACAAAAAACCUGAGCUUCACAUGUUCGCCGCAUGCAUCUCAUCCAGGGAGCCCAGGUGAACACUAUUUGCAUUCAUGCACAUUGUACAUAUACGUAUACGUAUGUAUCUCAAGUAUAUGCACACAUGUAUGACUGUCUGUGUGUAGAGGCAUACAUAUAUGUAUACGGGAGUUCAGGGUACAUUGGCACGAAUAGGAGGGAGACCUGUUUUUAUCUGUAGAUACAGAUAGAUACAUCCUAAUAACAUUUAUAUAUAGAUACAUACAUACAGAUAUAUACUGCAUGUAUGUAUAUGUUUAUGUGUGUACGAGGCGAAAAACGCAUUCGUACAGUUUCCGACAUCUUUCGUGAUUGCCUUGCGAAAGCCUUUGUCACUUCUCAUUCGUUUUUGCAGCCUAACUGCCUUCCCGUUUUAAGUUUUUUCUCUGGACUCUGAAGAAACUCCCUGGACCGGAUACACUGUCUCUUUUCUCCGUCCAUUUUUUUAUCGCCUCGCUGCAGGCGGCACUUCUGUUUUCCUUCUUUCUCGUCGUUUCUCUGAAUCUAUAUAUCCAUGUAUCCGCUCUCUGUCGCUUCCUCACAUCUCCUCUACCUCGCGAUUUCUU